UCGACAUUGACGCUGAACAGAGAUUUCCCGAUCGGAUAUCGGGAAUUCGAUCGAACGAUCCAGUAGUUUGAUACUAGUCACGGGUAUAUACGGAUGGGUAUCUCGGAUGCGAUCCAAAUCAAUAACGCAGUCACAGAAAUACAUUGAAACAAAGUAACAAUAUUGGAGAGGUUUAGAAUCUUAUUGUGGUAAAAAUGUAUUCAAAGACUCUGAACCAGUUGUUUCUUGAAUUGACCCAUAUUUUAAUAAAACGUAUGAAUAAUUCAAUUGAGACAGGAAAACUGGAUUUCCCUUGGUGUCGUGGUGAGGCCGCGCUUUCUGUGUACUGCCAAGUGUAUACGUCAUCUAUCAUAACUUAUUUGAAUAUUGAUGUGUGACAGUUCCAGAUAAGUAAAAUAAAUCAACCGAAAUGUGUCCAUAACCUACAAUGCUUUCAAAUAUCCAUCCAGCCCUAAAAUAAUUCAAUGUAGGCUAAUUGGAAGAACGUACGAAGCAUAAUAGAGAGAACCCCAAAACUUAAGUAGAGUAGUUUAAAUAAUACUACUGGGUCACGGUUGGAAAGUUUUUAUCUUCGAUGGCACAAAGCAAUUAACCAGCAGCUAGCCAGAUCCAAAGUCCAGAUAAUAUUUCCCAAUUUAAAAAACAAAAACAAAAAACACUGUUACUUUCGGUGACAUAAGGAUCACGCGCUCCUGAAAAAAAAAAACACUACGCUACCCUAAUGGGAUGUUAAAGAGACUCCAUCUCAAUUAGUGAAAGAGAAUCUGUGACCGAGGGAAUAUAAAGCCGGUCGCGCUUCAAAUGCUCCGCAUCACAGUUCAGUCGGCGGGUCGUUGACAAUGAUUUCAUUCUGUCCAACUUUUCUUUUGUUGAUGUGCUGGAUGACUCGGUCUUCAGCUGCAACGGAAGACGGCCACCAUCGUGAAGAUUUCGCUUCCGUUUUAACACUUUUCAGAGAGGUCAUGAAGUUGGCCAAGAGUGCAGCCAGCGGAGAUUGUCAUUGUUCCAAAUCCGACCAGUUUUCCUCCGGCGUCGCCGAACAACAGAAGCGAAUCUUGAAAGUUAUUCAAGAAUUCAACGAAUUGAUCGAUUCUGAAUCGGCUUCGGCGGCUCGGGUUGACAGAGAGUCCGAAGAACACAGGCCUCACAAAAGAGUCAAGCGUUUUCACUACGACUUCCGGCGGCGGAUCGCUUUCCCCCCGGGAACCAAGAUCAGUGUGACUCCAACUUUCUACUUGCCAUUCGUUCGUGACCUUCCGGAUGGAUUAAUCUCCAACAUGUCCAUUAGUUUCCCUUUUUCAUGUAAUAUGAGAAACGAUUCGAGAAAGAACAUAUUUAUGGCAUUAAUUAGCGCAGCCUUUUUAUUUACUGUUCAUCAUUUUUCUUUGCAAGUGGUUUUGGACGAUCUCGGACUGACUGACGAUUCCAACAUUUUCGGAACGUUCACCAUUUUGAGGCGCAUCUUUCGACUUUUCUUUGGCCAUCGAAAACCACGAGCAAAUGACUACAGCGGCGGGCACAGGAUUAUGGUCUACCGUACCAUUGAGAACGUGCUCUACAACUUCGGAAUGGCGGGCCAUGAUUGUUUGUUGCGGGCCAUCUGCGAGGUGCACGAAUUCCCGCUCGAUCAUCACCACGGUCUGCUGGGCGAGUUGCUUCAGUUUCUAUUCACGGUGAGCAAGUCAUCGGACUCCAGCGAAGAAGCGCGGGACUACGUUCGUGCCGAACAAUCGGGAAGAGAUCGAGGCGAAUGCUGGCAAUAUUAUUCAAAAUGUCCCAAGUCGAUUUUUAACCAGCAGCACGAUAACAAUUUAUACAUGUGAAGUGUUGUUACACAAAUUUUCACCGGUCUACAUUUGGCUAUUCUAUAUGUAUACCAUUCAAACACACUGCAUUUAAGUACAUGUCGAGACACGUACGCACAUCAUCGAGGUCAUCCGUAAUCCAUGCU